AUUCCGCUAGGAAAACGUGUGGCUCAUGGCAGCUUUUGGAGAAGCCGGUUGCGGUAUAAUUUUAUCUUUCCUGUUCAGUCCAAUGUAGUGUUUCUUUACCAUGAAUUCAGUUUUAAUUAACGCGGUUUUAUCAAGCUCUCCUGACUACGGCCUGUUGUUGGAGUCUCUGUCCUGGCCGAGCGACUCGUGGCCGGGGACGGAGCAGGUAGAGGCGCUCACAGCUUUCAUUGAAGGUCUCGGAUCACUUUUGACCGACUCUAACACGACUGCAGUGAAUAAAAAGUCUCUGACAGAUAAAAUCGAGUCGGUUUUAUGGACGAGAUGUCUGCCCCUUCUUUCAAAAAUAUCAGCGGAAACAGAAGAAGGCAUGCGGUGCAGGGAGAGCGUUGCUGCUACAUGCCGGCUCGUGAGCGUCUGUGUCCCGCUGUGUGAUGAGGCUGUCCCGGGGAAAGUGGCUCUGUCUGUCCUCCCUUCACUGCAGCUGUCAGAGGAGGAGCUACCCUGUCCUGGGCUGCUCAGCGUGGAGAUAUCAAGUGAAGUCAUCGCUGCUGUUUUACCCUCUUUAUCAGCAGAUGAACAGCUCACACUCACCAUCCUGAAAUCUGCUUUAUCUUGUGUUAAAACACUCCCUGACUCACUGGUGUCCAGAACCACAGCCAGGCUUCUUUUAAGCAUCCUGAACUGCUGCAGCAGUGUGAUGUUAUCAAGGUUCCUCUCUGUGAUUUUGAAUGACUUAUGCAGCUGGCACUCCACCUCCAGCUCACCUGUGGUUACAGAGCGAUCACUGCUGUGUUUGACAGCCUUGUCAGAUCACCUGCUCAAACCUCACAGCCUCAUUUCCUCCUCUUCUUGUGACCCCGACCCUCGCCUGUCCCUUCACUUUUGGAGGAUAGUUCAGAAUGGACUCACUCAUAGAGACAGCGUGUCCCGCAAGAGGGCGCUGUACCUGCUGAAAAUGUGCGUUGCCCUGUCAGAGCAAGAGGGCUUGGACUGCCCUCAGUCUCCUUCCAGGGAAGAUGAGAUCUUGUUCAAAUGGGCCUCUAACAAGAGCAAGUUGCUCAGAGAAUUCUGGGAGGAUUAUGCACUUGUGAUGGAGACUCUUGAGGAGAACCAGGUUCAUGUGGUCCGGCCAGUUCUAAACAGAAUAGACACGCUGAUCCAAACAACAGUGAACGACAGUCAAGCUUCAGGUGAAGGCCUGUUCCACCCCUCCUGGCUGCUCUGUGUUUACCAGCGAAUGUUUCACAGUGAGAACAAAUCUUUAAUGAGAGAGGGAGUGUGUCAUCUGCUCGAGCUGCAGGUCUUGCAGCAGCCCGCCUUCACUUUAGCCUUUUCUCAGUUCAUCGUUGGCCCUUUUAUGGAUGUUCUCUCUGAAUCUUCUCUCUUCCACAGAUCAGCCGGGCAGCGUGUAGGAGAUUGUCCUGAACUUGGGACCAAACUCCAAGUAUUUAUGACCGCCUUCUUUAAUAGUCUACCAUCAGAUCACAGAGGCCUUACUUUGUUACAAAUGAUUCAGCAGCUGAGCUCUAAACACUGGUGUGCUGUACCCCUCCUCUUCCUCGCCCAGGCUCUAUCCAAACUCCCCCCAAGUCCUCUGCUGGGGGUCGAGGGGCUCACUGCUCUCAGGGAGGUGCUGCGCUGCACCAUGAUCACCCAUCAAGUCCUCCUGAGAGGUGCUGCUCAGUGCUUCCUGCUGAAGAGCGCCUUCUGUCUCACAGAUGUGAGCAGAGUGACCCUGGAUGAUGCUUUCAGUUUCCUGAUGGAUUUCCGUGCAGAUGAGUCGCUGUGCAGAGGGACACAUAUUUGGAAUCAGACGUUUGACUGGCUAUUGGACAAUGAAGGCAGCUUCAAGCCCAGGCUGAUGGAUGGAGAGUGUGCUGAUGCUGUUGCAAUGAAAGAAACUGUGAAAGGCUAUGUGAAAAAUGAAGUAUACAACUAUCUGAGAGUCCCAGCCAGCACGGGUCACACUGAGAAGUUGCCCGACCCUAAAGAGGCUGAGAAGUUGGCCAGAGCCGUUCUGCUGUGUUUGGACAUGGAGCAGGGUCAGCUAGGGGCACAGAUCAGUAACACUCUGGAGUCAUUACUGUCUCCUCUGCUGGACACUCUGAGCCGAGUCAGCACCAAUAUCUACCUGCCGGUACGCAAGAGUGACAAGAGCCUGCAGUUCCUGCUCCGACUGUUCCAGCUAGGAGGAAAACCGAGCAGUCAGCGUGUUGGAGAGGAGAGAGAGGACGAUGUGAUGAUGUCCUUGGAGAAGCUUGUUUUUAAACUUAUCGAUCCAAUCUUGGAGUUUAUCUUGAGGCGUCUGUUUGGGGAGCUACACGAGCUGUUUGAUGUGGAGAGGGCAGAGCUGUAUCUGUGUGUCCUGAGACAGCUGGUGCUUGUGUGCAGCUCUGCACCACAACAGCUAAACAAAAUUCAGCAGACAUAUUUCCCUAAACUCAUCAGAUACAGCCUCAAAGUCCUACAAGAACCAAGCCAGGAGAUCAACUCUGUAGCAAACCAGGUGGCUAGAGCGACUGCCAUGGCUACUCUUGCUACAGUCUGCAGCCUUUUUGAACAGGAAGUGACAGAUAUGAGAUCAGAGACCAUUUCUGCCUUGAAAUCACUCAACGACUUCUUCUUUCAAAUGUCACCUUCAUCACAAAAUCUGGGAAACUUCAACAAACGGCUGCAAAAACCAAACACAGAAGACUGCUCAAGUGAUGUAGGUGUGCAGAGUCUGCUGGUGCAGGACUGGGGACGCAUUGCUGCGAAUUUCAUGAGGGACCAGUGGGUCUGUGUGAGCUUCCUGAUAAAAGCCGUGGAGUUACAAGGGUCUAUAGAAACGACCAGAGUGUCUGAGAUGCUGAAAGCUGCUCUGAGCUGCAGCAUGGAGGCUCUGUCCCUGCUGCCCAGUGACCUGGUGCUGCCGGUGCUCACCUUUAUGGAGACAAUGCUACCACACCUGGUGCUCCAUGAGGAGGCCCUCUGUGUCCAGGCUGUAACUCUGAGUUGGGAGCUGGUGCAGGGGCUCAGCACUAAUGCGCACGACUUCUGGUUGGCCCUGAAAGGCUUUGUCUCCAUGGCCUACCAUCAUGACCUUCUCCAAAUGACGGAUACCCAGGCUCCCACACUGACCAGCACAUUGAAACAGAUUUCCUCAGAGCUGAUGGAGCUGUCUCAGUCAAAGAGUGGUGUGUUCGGUGUGCUACUCCAGCACUGCUGCCAGUCAUGGCUGCCCACAGGCCGUGAUGGCGAUGACACUGUGUUUUCAAGUGUUUUCAGCCACAUCGACAUCCUAACAGAGGCCUGUGUCUACGGUCCAGUGUUCAGGAGAGAUCAACGGCUUAUCCAGGAUGUCCAAACGUAUGUGGAGCAGCUGGGGGAGGAGUGUUCGGCCAAUGCUGCAGUUAUAAGUGAUAACAGAGAUGAGCAGUUUCCUCGUACUUGUGCUUUGGCUUUCCUCAUCCGCCUGGAUUCCUUCAACCACGUCCAGCAUCAAAGACUGAUAGAGGAAGUGGUCCUGGAUUUGUUGAAGAAGGAUAAUGACAUAUCAAAGUCAAAAGUGCGCUACUACAGCAACUCCCUGCAACAUCGUGUCAAAAACAGAGUGUGGCAAACGCUACUGCUGCUGCUGCCCAAACUCAAAGAGGAUUUUAUUGCCUCCAUAGUGAAGCAUGUGUUUGCAGCUGGAUUCAGCAGCAACCAGGCUUCAGUCAAGUAUUUGAUAGAGUGGACCAUGAUUCUGAUCCUUGCCAACCAUCCUCAACACAUGGACAGCUUCUGGGACUGCUUCAGCAUGGAUCAUGAAAAGACAAAGACGAGCGUCUGCACCUUCCUGUCAGUGCUGGUUCAUUUCAAUGUCAUCCUUCCUCUGCUCACGCGAAAGGCUGCUCAGUUGCGUAAAGCCCUCGAUAUCAUCCUGCAGUGGUGUUUCAACCACAACUUCAGCGUGCGUCUGUACGCCUUACUGGCCCUGAAGAGAGUGUGGAGCCUGGCGAAGGAGGUCAUGGUGGAGGAAGGGGACUGUGGUUUGGGAGGUUUGUCCACUGUCAUCGAGGCAUGUCUGAACCAGGCUGAGGCCAUGCAGAACACCGGAAAUGCUAAUAAGAACUGGCUGAGGAUUCAGGAGCACUUCUUCUUUGGUGCUUUUCAUCCUAUCAGGGAUUACAGCGUUGAGACCAUAUUUUAUAGUUUUCCCAGCCUGUCAGAGGUGGCUGAUGAUGAGUGGAUCCCUCCCUGGAAGUUUGAGGAGUAUCCGGGUUUUUCUGAGAGGUCCUCUCUGUGUUUGAGAAAUCCAUCUCCUGACCUGAGCCAGCUACAGCCUGGAGACUGGAUCCAGCAAGACAAAGGUGAACAGAGUAAGGAGGAUCGCUGGGCCGAGGUGCAGAAGAAGAUCACUCCCUGGAGGUUAGGGAUCCAGGAGCAGGAGCCUGAACUUCAGCUGGUUCCCCAGCAGCGGGCUGCUCGACUGGGCAAACUUCAUGGUGCUCUGCUGGUGGUAGCCUCACUCAUUGACAAGCCUACAAAUUUAGGAGGUCUGUGCAGGACCUGUGAGAUCUUUGGUGCCAGCGCUCUGGUUCUGGACAGCCUCCGCCACGUCAGUGACAAACACUUUCAGUCCCUGAGUGUCUCAUCUGAGCUCUGGCUUCCUCUGUUAGAGGUGAAGCCUGCAGAGCUCACUGACUUCCUGCAGAUGAAGAAGAGUGAAGGUUACUGUAUAGUGGGAGUGGAGCAGACUGCCAACAGCCAAAGCCUCCAGGACUACCAGUUCCCUGAGAAGACGCUGCUCCUCCUGGGCAAUGAACGCGAAGGAAUUCCUGCCAACUUACUCCAAAUGUUGGACGUGUGUGUGGAGAUCCCUCAACAAGGAGUCAUCCGCUCGCUCAACGUUCAUGUCAGCGCUGCACUGCUGAUUUGGGAGUAUACGCGACAACACCUCACCUCAAGUUCAACUCAGGCAAACCCAAACUGAAAACGAAAAUGGCAGUCAUGGACGUAGGGAUGUGACCUCUGGAUGUCGACUUGUGCUGCUCGAGAUGUACAGGACAUACGAAGAUGCAUCACCCAGUGUUUUUAAUGUGGUCAGCAGGCCUCAGUAGGAUACUUUUGACAUGCCUUAAUGAGAGCUAUGAAUAGUGAUCGGCUCCAGUUAUUGCAUUUAAAUAUUCCACUGGGCAUGCUGGGAUAUUAAUGAAGCUAUCUCUGUGUCAGCAGAGCAGCAGCAUUAAUGGAAAUUUUCCCCUUUGAGGAGGAAGUGUCUUGUUUAUGUGAGCAAUUAAUUUUCACCUCAGAGCACCAGGACUGGACUAUUACCUCCACACCCUGGAGACUGUCAUACAUAAUGCUGCUUUAUCAACAGGCUUAAUUUUCUCCCUCUGAUGUUUUUAUUUUAAUGCAGCUUGUUGUUUUUAUAUUGGAAACUUUUUAUAAGUCU